UUCAUUUUUUCAAAGACCACGUCGACCAGCCCAGCAAGUCUCUAUCGCACAUUGCCCCUUCUAAUACACAGCAAAUCGCUACAAGAUGUCUAAGGCGGCGCGGUCAGCCAUUGGCGCCGACCAGGUCGUGAAGCUCAUUGUGGGCGCGGGCAAGGCCACCCCGAGUCCACCGGUCGGUCCCGCGCUCGGAAGCAAAGGUGUUAAGUCUAUGGACUUUUGUAAGGAGUUCAACGCGCGGACAGCACAUAUCAUACCGGGGACGCCGAUGCCAACUCGAGUGACGGUACGCGCAGACCGGUCGUUCUCUUUCGAUGUCCGAACACCCCAGACGUCCUGGCUCCUGCGGAACGCAGCAGACUUGGCUCCCGGCAAGACGGGGAAGAAGAAAGGCGCGAGCCGACCUGGCCAUGAAAUAGUCGGCACGGUGAGCUUAAAACACGUCUACGAAAUUGCGAAGAUAAAACAAUCGGAGCUGCGACUUUCUGGCCUCUCCCUCGAGGGACUCUGCAGGUCCAUCAUAUACCAAACCAAAUCAAUGGGUAUCGCGGUAGUCCCAUAACUGGAGGGUAGGAUCAACUCAACCACCUGACUCCGUCGCCUGGAGCAUCGGAGCGAGCGGCAAGAAGGUUGCCUGCCCGCCUUACAGAGCUUUUACUCCGUGUGUUCGGACAUACAGUGGC